AUGUCCCCCUCCAAUGCCAAACCAUACUAUAAAGAAUACUUCCGCGAAGGGGAUCAUGAAUACGAGGCCACUGAUGCGGUAUGCUGGGAUGUGACGAACUGUCAUGUUCGGUCUGGGGAGGUCAUGAGUGAAGCGGGUAUCAACACGUAUAUGGAGCACCCAGACAGCCAGGAUCUGAGUCACUGGUGGGUAAUCACAAUGCCCAAUGGUGGCUACAUUCCCACUGCCCCCAUCGGCAUACAAACCAUUCAAGCAAGAGCAGACAGACGUUUUGGCUUGGAUGACCACACUCAACAUCCACAGAUGUACAUCAAGGGUUUCAAGUACAUUUGCUGUAUUCCCAAGUGUGAGCACUCACAAUGCAUGCUAUGGUGGACUCCUACUCUGGAGGAUUGUCCUGAAGUUCCCAAUGGCCCCUGA